GCUAGGCAGCCAGACUCCUCCAGUAGCUGCCGGCGGUCCGGAGAAGAACUACCGGUCCUGAGAAGCUAGAGUUAUUGCUGGGGCUGGGACGUCGUUCUCUCCUUGUUGGCCAUGGAUUUCUCUUCCUUUCGGAGGACUUUCCGCUUCCUGGGCCUCCUGUUCUGGCUCAGCUACCACUUCCUUAAUCAAUAAACAUUUAUUAAGUGCCACCCCAGGCCCUGUUCUGAAUUUGGUGCUGUAGAUACAAAUACCAAAGUGAAACAACGCCUACCCUCAAGGAGCCUACAUUCUGCUUGGGAAAGACAACAUGAUCACAGAUAAAUAAGGGGAAUGGACCCAAAAGUCACACAAGGGAAGGGAGCUGCAGUCGCCAUGGCUUGGGCUGGGGUCUCAGCCCUCAAAACCCACAGGAGCUAUCAGGAUUUCUGUGACAAUCCUUUCUUGGAGGUGCUGGGCUAUUUGGUCAUGUCCACAGCCCCACUGCUGCUGUUUACUGGGGGCCUGGCUAUAGGCAUCUCGAAUUGGAACACUGGUCCCUGGCAAGGCAUGUUUCUAUAUGGGGUCCUGGUUCUAUUUUGUAUGGAAGCUUCCUCUGCUGUCCUGGCAUGCACCUCAUCCUGCCAAAGAGAGUGGGAGACACACAUGCUGGAUGAUCUUCAUCAGUAUGGAAACCAGUCUGACUCCAAGACCAAGGCGGUUGAUAGACUCCAAGAAGAGCUGCAGUGCUGUGGGAUUCACAAUUAUACAGACUGGAAGGUGACUGGCCACUUCUCUGCUCCAACAAGCUGCUGUCAGAAGAUUUUCUGGAAUUGUACUGGUGCUUUGGGCCCCUCUCAGUUACUGUAUCAGGAGGGGUGCCUGCCAAAGCUGGAGCAGCUUCAGAAGGUUGUCCUUGACCGUGUGUUGUGGUGCUGUGUUGGGGCACUGGCUCUGGAGCUACUCGCUGCACUCAUCAUUGGAUUCUUCAUGGAACAAUCAACACUUCCAGAUUAUCGCAUCCUGGAGUCAGGCAUGUUUUCCUAGAAGAGAGUGUUCAUGGAAGUGAGAGAGACCACUGUUACUUCGCAAUCACAACACAGGAUGAGCAAUGGAACUCAGGUCUUUUUUGCUGUUUGUUUUGGGCUAUUCAGGACGUUGAGUCUUGAACGUUGCUGAUGGUGAGCCCCCUCCUGAAGAGAGCCCCCAGUGGGCAGAAAUUCAGCCCAGUUGCCUGGUGUCAGGACCAAACCAGACUGGUAGAAUUGACAGAACAUUGGGUAGGGAGUGGUAGAAAGACAUGCCAAUAAGAUGUGCAGUCGAAUUCUUGUUUAAAGGAGAGAUGCAUUCUUCUCCCCCUCCUUCCCUUUCCUGGUUACUCCUUCUACUUGCUCCUUUUAUACCAAAAUCCAAAUAAAACAAAUAUACCAAGUUAA